AUGAAUUUCAAGUUGGCACGUACCAUUUUCCUGGCUGGUGUCAGCGCCCUCGUAAUAGAUGGGCACACUGUGGUGACAGAUGCGCAGCGGCUAUCCGUCAGGCAGCCAGUCGCGUGUGCUAGGUCUGCGGUUCAGUUGAUUGCACCCAGGGGCACCUCUAUCGACAAAACUGAAGUUGUUGAAGCAUCGGGAGCUCUGCCGCAACAUUGCAGCAUAAUCGCACAUUAUAUUUCCCCAGGAGUGGAUGGUUCCCCACCAAGCCAAGUAAACUACUUUGUUCGACUUCCCUUGAAUGGUACUUGGAACGGCAAAGGAAUUUUCGAGGGAGGAGGUGGCCUACGGACAGGUGUAUUAGAUUUCAAGGCACUCGGCAAAGGGUACGCGCUGGCCUACACCGAUGGUGGCCAUCCGCUUGAUGCACUUGCGGAUGCUACUUGGGCGGCUUACGACAACAGACCCGACAUGACCAAGAUCGUGGAUCACGGACAUCGAGCUGUGCGUGAUUCCACGAUUGCCUUUAAAGCUCUCGCGAAAGCAUUCUAUCAUGCUGCGCCUGCAAGGAUCUACUUUGCAGGUUGCUCAACAGGUGGCCGUCAAGGUCUCGUCGCGGCCACCCGCUAUCCGGAACUGUAUGAUGGAAUUAUUGCCGGUGCUCCAGCUAUGGAUUAUGACGGUCUCAUGAUGGCGUUCGCGUGGAAUAUGCAAAAGAUGUUACGCGGACCCAAUUACUUUCUGCCAACUUCAAAGAUGACGAUGCUGGGCAACGCAGUCCUUGCAGCUUGCGAUGCGAACGACGGUUUGAAAGACGGAAUGAUAUCAUCGCCAAGAAGCUGCAAAUUUAAUCCCGAGAAACUGCUUUGCCAUGGAGCCGAUGGACCAGAUUGCCUGACUACUGGUCAGGUGGACACGGUCAAAGCCAUAUAUGCCGGUCCGUUCAAUGCAACUGGAAAAGCCCUGUAUCCGGGGGAGUCGGUGGGCAGUGAGGCGAACUGGGCCGGCUGGAUGGGCUCUUUCAAUGGCAAUCCUACUCCUGCUCCCGUACGCUUGGCCGACGGAAGCUACAACUUUGCAGUGGCAGAUGCGAAGGAUUCGGGUCCCGUCAAGAGAGCUGAUGGAAGUUACGACUUCCCGAAAAGGCUCGCCCCGAUGAUGGGCAUCUUCGCCGAUACCUACAUGCAGUACCUGUUUUUCCCAACCACGAAUCCGGCCAGAGAAGCUCGCAAGUUCAACUUUGACGUUGAUCCGAACGCAGGAUCCAAGAUGGGCGAGACACAGAAUGCACCUCCACUACUUCAACGCCUAGAAAAGGCAGGCACGAAGCUGAUCAUCUAUCAAGGUCUAGCGGACCACAUUGUACCACCUGCAAGGACUAUUCAGUGGUGGCACGACGCGGCUGAUUCGGUGGGCGGUGCGCGGCGCCUCGGCAAGUUUGCGAAACUCUAUCUGCUUCCGGACGUGGAUCAUUGCGGAGGCGGAAGAGGCCCGGACGUAUUCGGGGCGCCGUUCAAUGCUCCGUCAGGGGCAAACGGCCCGCAGAACGAUGUUGUGGAUGCUCUUGACCACUGGGUGGUCCAAGGGAAGGCUCCCUCGUCCAUUAUCGCAAGAAAGAUGAAGGUUAAUGAGGUGCAGAGGAGUCGCCCGGUCUGCCCGUACCCCCAAGUAGCCAAGUAUAAGGGGUCGGGCAACAUUGAUGAUGCAGCAAGUUUUAGCUGCCAGUCACCUCGAGGCGAAGAAUGA